UGUUCAUUGACAAUGGCCACAUCUAGUUCGCGGAAUGGGUAGUUUUGAUCAAUAGAAAAAAAAAACAAUAAAAUUUAGUACAAUGGGGGCAACGAUGGUCAAAAAUGGCAAUUUGUUGGAUGCUCUUCCGUCGCAGGUCGGCACGUUGCACGUCGUGAUGCUGGGAUUAGACUCCGCUGGAAAAACCACGGCCCUCUACAGACUUAAGUUUGACCAGUAUCUGAACACAGUGCCCACGAUUGGAUUCAAUUGUGAAAAGGUACAAGGAACUCUCGGAAAAGCAAAGGGUGUACAUUUCCUAGUCUGGGAUGUCGGAGGACAAGAGAAAUUAAGGCCAUUGUGGCGAAGUUAUACAAGAUGCACUGACGGCAUAUUAUUUGUUGUAGACUCUGUAGAUACGGAGCGUAUGGAGGAAGCAAAAAUGGAACUAAUGCGCACAGCGAAAUGUCCAGAUAACCAGGGAGUGCCAGUGCUUAUUUUGGCGAAUAAACAAGAUCUUCCAAAUGCUUGUGGCCCAAAAGAUCUUGAAAAGCUCUUGGGACUGCAUGAGCUGCAUAUUUCACACAUGCAAAGUCUUCCUCUCGUGAGCUCGGGCUCAUCAUCGACAGGGAACUUAAUGGGCUAUAAUGCACCAAACCAAAGUUAUAUGGAGAAUGAAAAGGAUCCCAGCCAAAAUUCAUCACACAUGUCACCAGCUCCCGACGAGGGAAGAACCGUAUCAUCACAUUCAUUACAUUCCUGCCAUGACGUCGAUGGCAAAGACAAACCUCUACAUAGUACACAGACAUCGACAUCGUCAUCGGUGCCGCCGCUGACAACGACAAAUAGCGGCUCCCAUUUUACAGUGAAGGCUCAUAGUAUAAUAGAAUCGAAGUCUGUGCAGCUAAAGGGAUGGUAUAUACAACCAGCGUGCGCUAUAACUGGAGAAGGAUUGCAGGAGGGAUUAGAUGCAUUAUAUGACAUGAUUUUAAGGCGACGAAAAUUGAAUAAAACUCAUAAGAAAAAGCGGUAGUAAAAAUAUCAGAUAGUGCCUGUCUAAAAGCGUGUACCAAUUAAGGAUAAUUUAGCACAGUUUAAUAAACGCAUGCACAAAUAUCGUAUGUUCAUACACUUAAAUACAUGUAUGUACAUACAUGUCAAUGUUUAAAAUGAGAGUGUCUCUGAACUGGGGAACUAUUUGCGCGAGUGUCUAUUCCUGGCUAAUUAGUUUGGAUUAAUUUAUCCUAAUCAAAUAUCAAAAUUAUGAACAUACGCAUAAAUUUAUCGAAAUGUGGAUAUGUCGUGCAGUAAGUUACAACAUAUCUAAUAUGUAAACAGUUCAUUUACUGAUUUUUGGCAACAUUUUCUUAUAAUCAGAUAAUAAUUUAAAUUCAUUCAUGAAUGAGGGAAUGCUAAAACGGAUAGGCAGACGUCUGCUAGCCGUUGAUAAUAACAGUCUCUACUGUUAUUUAGAUGUCAUUACAUAAAUUGUUUCUGUACGGUAAAAGGGGAUUCGUUUUUGUCAAGUAUUUUAAGAUACUGUCUUGCCUAGUUGAUCGAAUUUGACACUCGCAAUAAAAUGAUUUGUUGAAUAAAA